AAAUAUUGACACUGCUUGAGGUUCACAGUGAACGGAAAUCAUUUUGUGAAACAAACUUGUAGAUAUGUGCAAGUAAUUUGACUGUGGGUAGGCAUUUAAAGAAAAUGUUUUAAAUGAUUUUAGAAAUUUCUAAGUAAGGGUUGUGUUAAAUGUCUUCUUCGUAACGAAUUAUUUGAUGUUGUGGUAUAUUUGGUGCGUUGAACAUAUAUCCACUCAGGGAUAGGGAAGGCACUGGAUAUCUGUGGCUAUGCUUGUGGUCCUUAUAGAACCAUGCCAGAGAAUCCAAACGUCGACUCUGAAAGUGCACUUGAUGGUUUCUAUGGUAACAGUAUUACCAUGGCAACCACCAAUAGCAACUCCAAUGGCAUCAUCCCAAAGAAAACUGGUGUGCCGAGAGUGUCCUCAGCGGGACUGAAGUAUUACGACAUUGCUACACAGCUGCUUGGCAAAACGGGGCCUGAUUUGGAGGAGCUUUUUAUAGCAGCUGCGAGGGAAGGUGUUUAUGAGCGCAUAGAGAACUUUCUUCAGAGGAACAGAACAGAGUAUGUGAUCAGUAUAGAUGUCAAGGACAAGAAGACAGGCAACACACCACUAAUAUGGGCAGCCAAGCGGGGACACGCAAAGAUUGUGCAACUUUUGCUGCAACAUGGUGCUGACGUCACUCUGAGGAACUACGAGGGUCACACUGCACUAGAUGUAGCUUCGCCAUCCAUACGCUCCAUUCUUCUUGAGUCGGUUGAACGCACAACGGAGGCCUCACACCAGCUACUACUGCAAGCAGCUUGGCAAGGGGACAUCAAGGUCAUCUUGCGUCUGCUGAGUCAGAAGAAGGUUCUCGACAUCAACUGUAAGAAUGCCGAUGGUUACACUCCAAUCAUGCUGGCAACUCGUGACAUGCAGCUGUUUGAGCGGCUAGCUUCACAAAUGUCGCGACCUUACAACCCAGUGGAGGUCGUCACUGAACUUCUCAAUGCUCGAGCAGAUCUGCAUGCCACAGAUGAGGAUGGGAAGUCAUGUCUACAUCACGCCUGCUCAUCAAAGGCCAUCAUCUCUCAGGCUGUUGUGUCAACCAUCGUUGCUUGUGGUCCCAACAUGGAACAAAAGGACAAGCGCUGUUUUGCGCCCCUCCACUGUGCAUCCCUCACAGGCAACGUAGAAUGUAUCACGACUCUGCUGGAAGGUGGUUCAGAGGUCAACUCGAGGGGCUUUGCAGGGGCAACUGCCCUGCAUAUCACUUCUUACAACAACCAUGAGAAGGCAACAAGUGUGUUGCUGGAGCAUGGGGCCAAUGUGACACUGACUGACGACAGGGGCCUCAACCCCGUUGAUCUCGCAAAGACAAGAAAGAUGCGCAAGAAGUUACAGGAGGCCUGGACAGAGGCCACGACUGCCAAGACUUCCCUGAAUCUGGGGCCAAUCAGAUCUUUUAGCAAGGAGGAUCUCAGGGCAUCAGUGGAGGAUCUCACUAAGAAAAAGAAGAAGGGAGAAGUUAUUUUUGAAGGACUGCCAAGCAAUCCAUUCGGUGAUUCAAACAAAAAGGACUCCAUUGCAAUUUUAGGUUCAGGAGUUAUCUUCCAGGAAAUAUUUAAACUGGACCCCAAGGGGCUGACGCGGCACCUCAGUUUGAAGGACAGGUCAGGGAGAGAGGAGGACCACAGUCAGUCGUUUGCCAGAGAUGGUGUUCGAAAGCUAGGUCAGGUUAGAAACCAACAGAAACCCAACCCACUGCCACGCACGAAAUCUCGUAGCACUGAGCGUCUUCCCAUGAUAAGCCCAGACAGGCAGGGCUCUGACAGGAAUCUGGAGUCCCCCGUCAUGUUUGGAAGAAACUCCAGGGCUAGACGGUCAUUUGAAGACCGUAAAGGAAGGGGAAGAAGAGCUCCUCUAUCAACUCGAGAAGGUGUUGCUGGUAACCAUGGUGAGGAUGUCUUUGACCCCUUGACCCCUGGUGGUCCCUCGCCCACGACAAGUGUUAACCAUAGGCGCAGUGAGUCUGACCCCAACAGGGGCACUCCCAAUCUGUCGGAGAUAGCGGCAGGGUGUGACCCCUAUAUGCAGGCCCAGAGAAGAGGGCGUUCAUACUCGGUGACCUCUAACCCACCCAUCGACCCCAUUUCUAACCACGAGUACAACCGUACCUCACCCCAAUUCCAUGGGGAGUUGCCCCCCUUUACAAGGGAGUGCACUGUGGCAAGCAUUCUAAGGGAGGCAACCUGUACCCCAAUGAGCAUCUGCUCUUACAGGACCGAUAGUCGAAUGUCACAUAAUGGUAGUCCACCGAAGAUACUAAGUCUGGGCCAGAUGUUGGGAGGGAAGAGCAAGACCCCUGUACAGCAGCACUAUGGGCCGGGCUCCAGCAAAGUACUACCCCCCACCCCAACCUUCCUCACCCAGAGGGCACAUACAAAUCUUGAGGAUAACCUCUCCCCAAGAUCUGAAGAGAACCUUGAAGAUUACAAGUAUGCACUUGGCUUCUCCCAAGAGCUUUCAAGGUCAAGGACAAUCUUUAAGGAGGAAUUUGUUCUUGAAGAGAGCAGACCAAAGGAUCCCUUCAUUAGAUCCUCAUCUGGAAGUGACUCAGUCUCAACAAGUAGCAGCAGCCAGCUGUCUGAUUCCUCAAGGGAGAGUCCAUUAUCCAUGAAAGGGAAGAUUGUGAAAUCUGUACUCAAAAACAGUGUAAAACCAGCCCUGCAAGGGACUCAAGACCAAUCAGGUGUAACUUGCGUGAAUAAGAACAAUUCAUGUACAAACGUGCAUGAGAAUAAGGCACAAAAUGAGAAUAUUGUUCCAAACUUAAAUGUGAAUGGAAAUGCAGUUGAAGGGACUAGUAAAGUUGACCGUUCUGAUACUAGUAAGGUAAAAGUUGGUGUAAGUUCUAGUAAUACCUCAUUGUUACAUUCCAUUGCUAUGAGAAAUGCUGCUGCGUUGCACGCUAAUAAUGCCAAGGGUAAAGCUGGUGCUAAACAUGGAGGAGUAAUUGUUGUUCAUAAUAAUGAGAUUGACAAACCUGUGCAGACCUCUGGAACUACACAUGUCCCAAAUGGCCUUUCAGAAGUGGAGAGUGACAAUAAAAUAGAAAGUAGUGGAUCAGCAUCUGAUAAGAUCAGUGAUAGUACCAUGCAAAACGACAAGUCUGCGGAAAAAAAUCAAAAGAGUGAUAAAACUAAACCAGUGAAUGCAGUCAGUAAUGCCAAAAAGAAAGCUCAGAACAAAAUGCAAAAUGUGUUGCAGGUAGUUCCUACUAAGCUUACUCAGAACAUUAUCAGAACUGCUCCUAAAGGAAGUGUUAAAACUGAGAGAACUGAGUCUGCUAAACAGUUGGCUGUUAAUAAAGUUAGUGCUGCUAAGACUGUGAUAAACAAUGUAAAUAUGCAACUAUCUCCAUCAGCUCAGGUAGUGAACGUAAUGGCUAUUACAUCAAGUAAGGCAGGUAAUGAGAAUAAAGAAGAUGACAAAUUUUCAGGAUCUCCAACAGCAACAACUGGCAAUCAAAUUAGAAUUGAAAAUACGAAAUGUAAUGUCGAUGCAAAAAAUGAACCUUUUGAACAAUUGAAUGAGAAAAAAAUUGGUCAAAAUCAACCUAGUUCACAAUCUUAUAACUCAAACAACCCAUCAAGUUCUCAACAAAGCUCUAACAAGUCUACUGUAUCCACAAGUAAAUUACAACCUAGUUCCACAAUUCAAUCCCAGCCUUGUUCUACUAGUCAAUCACUGCCUAGUUCCACUUGUCAACCCCAACCUAGUAAUACAAGUCAAUCUAGUUGUUCAACUAACCAGUCAAGCUGUGCAACUGGAAGCUCAGUCCAGAAAUCCAGAAAUGCAAAAUUCAGUGUCCCCAAAAGUGCUUCGGUUGGUUACACUCCAAGGUUUGCAUCAGGAAAGAACAAUUCACAGCAAGAUAAGUCAUCUGUAGCUUUAUCAGCUUCUUCCAAAAGAUCAGUGUCUAAAUGCGAGAUAAAAGAGGACGAGUCAACAAAGACUGUUGCAACUGGUUCUCCAACGGAACUUGUAACACCAUCAGUGAACAAGUCUGCUUCCAUUCUCAAGUCUUACAAUAUGUCUUCAAGUACAUCAGUUGUCAAGUCAAACAGCAAUGGUUCUUUAAAGUCAGACACAUCUGCAACAAAAACGUCAGUUUCAACCUCUGAAAAAUCAGAUGUAGCCAUAUCAAAACACUCAUUAUUGUCAAAAUCUGUCUCUGAGCCUAUGCAAUCAACAGAACCUCCGGUGGAAAAAGCUGUAAAUGUUAAUAAGAGUAUUUCACAGUUGCCAAGUGUGGGAACAGUGUCUUCUGCAAAGGGAAUCCCAAGACCUGCAUCUAUGUCCACCAUUGAUGAAGCCAAGGAGAAAAAACUCAUGUCCUCCUCUGAUACAAAAAUAGAGACUGCAAAAACUGCAAACUCUAAACGGCCAUCUAGUGAUGGUCAGGUAGGAGCUUCAGGUCAUGGUGACAAAGUACAUGAAGGUACUAGUGGUACCACCCCUCUGCUAGAAAUCUUGCCAGAUGGUGUCACUAAGCUGAAUAGGAAGAACUAUGUAGAUUUUAAUAAUCCCAUAACUACGCCUGUGAUUGUGAAUCCAUUUGAAGAACUGGAAAAAAAGCGUGAAAGGGAAAAUGCUCAGAAACUGGGUGGCAGAGCUCUCACGGCCACAGAGUUUGGAUUUGUUGUUGAUAAGCCAAAUAUAGAACGGUCAAAGACUCAAAGCUCAAUGAAGAGCAGGAGCGGAAGAAGUGCUAAAAGAGGGUCCAAUAAACCUUCUUCUGCCCAAAGCAGAGGCUCAAGUGGUAAGAAAAAGCGUUCUAGAAGCAAGGAUGUGGGAAAUAAGUCAGACAAUGAAAGUUGCAGACCAAAAAGUGGAAAAAAUGGAAAACGAGUUAAGUCAGGAAAACGUAAAAGAAAGAUUCCAGAAAACCAGUUGGCACGGCAAAAUGAAAAACCAGAUGUUGCUUUGAUUGGUGGCAUUGGAUGGCAAAUUGCAACAUCGUGUAUUGACAAAUCUGAAGCUGAUGCUGUGAUUGUGAGUCAAAUUGAUUCUAGUGAAUCAGAAUCAGAAUCUACGACGGUCAGAAAUGUUAAUCAAAUGCAUCUUGACAUUCCAAACACCCUUAUCAGUAUUCCUUAUGCUAUUGAAACUCCAUCAUCUGUGUAUUCCCCAAGGUUCAGGGAGGUUCACUUAAGACGUGAUGACAAUGCUGAGCAGGGUUUACAAUUCAUGGACAAUGAUGGGUACAGGCCUAUGAAUCUAGAUAUGACCCAAAAAAGUUCCGGCUCCAAAAAUAGAUCUGGUGUAUUAAUUGCACAGGAUAUGCCAAAUGAUAUCCUUUCAGAAUUCCAAGAUGAUGAAUCUGAAGAUUAUGGAGGUGAUGACGAAGAUUUCAUUGAAAAUGACUUUGACUAUGAAAUUGACGAAAAUGGCAGUGCAAUCUUAAGGGGCAUAGCAAUUGGACAAUUGACACCAAUUCCGGAGUCACCUUCAAUAUCCAAUACACUGACAUCUGCUCAGAGGGUUUCAGCAGCCAUAAGCAAAUUUGACAGGCAAAUCAAGGAGGAGGACUUGAAUAAAUUACUGGGAGCAACUCCGAGAGACAAGACCCCCAGCAGGAGUGGUGAACAUUCCUUGCGGAACAGUGGUGGGUCACUUCGCACCUCACAGUCACAUUCAGGGAAGGAUUCACAAAAAUCUCCUGGUUCAGGCCAGUCACGGUCACAGCAGUCAAGAAAUUCCUCCUCUAAAUCCAGGACCACUAACUUUAGUGCAGACAUAAAGGAAAAAGCCAGCAGAGCUCUUUCCAAGUCCCUAACUUCCCCAAAAGCAAAAAUCAUUAAUGCUCAUAACAAGAACAAAACAGUUGGUUCAGUUCCAAAUAGUGGCUCAUUGCGUCGGAAUGCUUCUAGUGAACAAUUAAGCAAGGUCCCAGAAAACACUAAUUCAGAUGUUGGGGAAGAGCAAGAGUUUAUGCAAAAUUCAAUUGAAAAGCCAGACAAUAACCAAACUAAAGAAAGAAUUGAUAGCAAGAUCAUGGACUUGAAAAAGUUAUUAGCUGAUAAAUUGCAAAGUACUCAAAAGCUUUUGGAGGAGUCUGCAACAUAUAGUGGUAAGAAGAGAAAACAGAGUGAAAAUUCUAUUGAAGGUGAUACAAGACUUAACAUUAGCGAACUUACUGAAGACAAUUUAAAGACAUUAAACACUGCCAGGACUGAGGAAGAUUCCAAAUCAAACAGGAGUUCAAGAAAAGAAAGAAAAUUCUCUGAAACGAAGAACAGCUCAAAAGAUGAUGAUGUUGAUCAAGCAAUAAAUGAGAUUCUUAGCAAUACUUUCUCUUCAUCUAGAGGGACAUUAAAGUCUAAUGUUUCCAUAAGGAGUGCCAGCAGUACAUUGACAGAGGCAGAUAGAAAGGUUUUGGUCAAAAUGGUACAAAACAGUAAAGAAUCCCCUUUCCAUGCAAAGGAACAGGUCCGAGUUUCUAGCUCAUAUGAAGAAAGUGUGACUCUUAACAAGGACAAUCCUGAAUUGAUGAGGCGAUUUCAAGCUGAAAACUUCCAAGUUGGACAGAGGUUGAAGGCCAUGGUGGAUGCUGGUGCAGAUACUCACAAGGUGAAGGCCAUGUUGAAAGCCGACAACGAAGCGCAGCAAUUGGCCAGAAUAAUGAACAGUUUCCGUCAGAUGGAACUGUACGCAGGGGUUAGUAAUAGUAAAUCCAAGCGUGAGACCCCACGUCAUGAAAGUGAGCAGUUUAUUAAAAGCAUGUCCAAAUUUGAACAUGGAAGGGAUUCGGGCCACCUGUCACAUGGAAUGCUAACUCGACCAGGAUCAGCAGGGGCUGGUAAACUCCGGCCUGGGAAGUUUACAGAGAUAAAGGGAGGCAAUUCAGCUUCUACCGAAUCAAGAGAACAACGCGCCCACAGUCCUGUUGAUGUUCCAAAGAACCUAGCCGAAGAGUUCAGGAGGAGUCCGUUUGUUCGUGUGAGCAGCCAGCAGGACCUCAAUGUCCAGAUUGAUGAGCUUGCACACGUCAUAAGGGCCGGAUCACAUGAUAGUGAGGAGGAUCACUUCAGCCUGGCCGACAGUGAACACGAGAGAGCUGACAGCGCUUGUACAACCCUUAGCUCCAUGUCUUCACUUGUAGAGGACACCAUACAGUGGAAGAAGGGAAACAUCCUCGGCAAAGGAGCCUUUGGCACUGUGUGGUGUGGCCUUACAAGCGAGGGUCAGCUGAUCGCAGUGAAGCAGAUCGAACUGAACACAACCAAUCAAAACAAGGCAAAGAAGGAGUAUGAAAAAGUGCAGGAGGAAGUUGAGCUGCUAAAAACACUCGAGCAUAAGAACAUUGUUGGCUAUUUAGGCACAAGUCUGGAAGACAGCAUCGUGAGUAUCUUCAUGCAGUUUGUGCCCGGUGGGUCCAUAGCCAGCAUCCUGGCAAGAUUCGGAGCCCUGGAUGAGGCCGUGUUCAAGAAGUACACCAGGCAGAUCCUGGAGGGAGUGGAGUAUCUCCAUAGAAACGACGUCAUACACAGGGACAUAAAGGGUGGGAACGUGAUGCUGAUGCCAAAUGGAGUGAUAAAGCUGAUAGACUUUGGCUGUGCCAAGCGGCUGUGUAUCAACCUAAGCAUGGGGCAGUCCCAGAUCUUGAAAUCCAUGAAAGGGACGCCAUACUGGAUGGCCCCAGAAGUUGUUAAUGAAACAGGGCAUGGAAAAAAGUCAGACAUAUGGAGCAUAGGCUGCACAGUAUUUGAGAUGGCAACCCGCAAACCACCUUGGGCAGAGAUGAACCCAAUGGCAGCCAUCUUUGCCAUCGGCUCUGACAAACCUGUGCCACAGUUGCCAGAAAAGUUCACCGAGGAAGCCAGGCAGUUUGUGACUUCCUGCCUUACAAAGGAUCAGUCAAAGAGACCCUCUGCCACAGAACUGUUGAGCAACCAAUUUUUGAAGCGACGGUCAAAGAAGUCUAGCAUGAUUGAACAAUCUUAAUUGAACCCAUGUUGUUAUAUGGCACACAUUCACUCAGUAAAAUAUAUGAGGGUGAAUGUAAGGAGACAUACAGUAUGAAUUCAAAAUUGCCUUAUGAUGUAAAUGGAUAAGCAGCUUGAAGUCAGACGUGUCCAGCUGAUGUUAUUGUAUUGAUUGGUGAAUCUGAAAAUGUACAUGAACAUACAAUAUAUUGUCCAAAGUUCAAUGAAGAUGCUAAGACCAACAAUAUGAAAUGGACAAUUUCGAAACAAUUGAGUUGCAGUCACAGUUUACAAUGUUCAGAAUACUGUAAACGAAAUAAAUUAGACAGUCUUAAAGUCUACUUUAAAAUUAGUAAGAAGUUUUACAGGCAAUGAUAAAUUGUUUAGGGGAAUUGUACAGGAGAAGUGUUUACCGGUAGACAAUGUUACUGAGUCAUGGUAUGCCGUCUAGUGUUACAAAAGGACGCAAAAGACACUGAUAAGCCAGUUUUUAGAAACAAUUAAGUGAAUAGUUCUAUUGGCAAUGGCUGAUAAUCCAUGGCAUGUACAUGCAAUUAUUCCAUGAUUAUAGCAAUUGUCUUACAAAAGCUUAAUGAUUUGUAUGUCAUUUGAAUGGGAAAAUUUAUUUCUCUACUAUUUGCAUAUAGCAGAUUUAAUCUGGAUUGUUGGCAACUUUGUUUGAUCUGUUGUUUGUCUUUUGACAUACACAUUAUGCAAAUGUUUUUUUAAUUAAUAUGCCAUAGUGUACAAUGCAUUUUAUUGCCAAAUUAUUUUGUUUAUCUUGUACUGCUGAAGGUUUCAUAAAGGUAUUUUCCAUACAUGUUAAAGAGUUUGCUACUGCUAAAAAGAUGCAAGUUUUAUACAUUUAUUAUAUGAAUGCUCAUAAUAUAAUAAUUGUUUUAAGAAAUGUGCUUGACUAUUUAUAGUCUGAUAAUUUUGUUAAUUUUUCCAUUUUUGUGCUUGACUGCUAUUAAAAUGUUUAUUUAGUAUUUUGAUAGAUGUUGUUUUAUUGUUUAGACUUAUUAUGCAACUGUGAUGUUUGUUACAUUUUUGAAACUGAAUGCAUCUUUAAAUUAGAAUAGUUGAACAUAUCAUCAUUUAGAUUGUUAUAUUAUUUCAAUUGCCCAUUUGUAUCUUAAUCUCACCUGAGCACAAUGUGCUGAUGGUGAGCUUUUGUGAUCGCCUUUUGUCCGUCAUGCGCAUUAUUUGCCUUCUUGACACUCUAAAGGCCACAUUUAUUGUCUGAUCUUCAUGAAAUGUUGUCAGAAGAUUUGUGCCAAUGAUAUCUUGGAUGAGUUCGGAAAUGGUUCAUGUUGGUUGAAAAACAUGGCCACCAGGGGGUCAGGCAUUUUUCCUAAUAUGGCAAUAGUAAAACCUACUUUAGCGGCAACAUAUAUUGACGGAUCAUCAUGAAACUUGGUCAGAAGAUUUGUCCUAAUCAUAUCUUGAAUAAGUUCGAAAAUGCUUCCUGUUGUUUGAAAAACACGGCCGCAGAGGUGGGGCAUAUUUCUUUAUAUGGCUAUAGUAAAACCUUGUCAACACUUUAAAAGUUACAUUUAUAGUCUGAUCUUCAUCAAACUAGGUCAGAACAUUUGUUCUUAUGAUAUCUUGAACUAGUUUUAAACUGGUUCAGGUCGGUUGUAAAACAUGGCCACCAGGGGAAGGCAUUUUUCCUUAUAUGGCUUUAGUAAAACCUUAUUCACACUCAAAAAGCCACAUUUAUUGUCCGAUCAUCAUGAAACUUGGUCAGUAGAUUUGUCCCAAUGAUAUCUUUGACAAGUUACAAAAUGGUUCCAUUUGGUUGAAAAACAUGGCCACCCUGGGGCGAGGCAUUUUUCCUUAAAUGGCUAUAAUCUGGCUAUUGUUAAACCUUGUUAACACUCUAGAAGCAACAUUUAUUGUCCAAUCUUCAUGAAACUUGGUAAGAACAUUAAAUUUUGCUCUAAUGAUAUCUUGGAUGAGUUCAAAAUGGUUCUGGUCUCUUAUAAAAUGCAUUUUUCCUUAUAUGGCUAUUGUAAAACCUUUUUAUCAUUCUAGAGGCCACAAUUAUUUUCUGAUCAUCAUGAAACUUGGUCAAAAGAUUUAUUUCAAUGAUAUCUUGGAGUGUGGAAAGGGUUACGGUUGGUUGGAAAACAUGGCCACCAGGGGGUAGGGCAUUUUUCCUUUUAUGGCUAUAGUAAAAACCUGUUAACGCUCUAAAAGUAUCAUGUAUAGUCUGAUCUUGAUGAAACUUGGUCAGAACAUUUGUUCUCAUUAUAUCUUAAAGGAUUCUGUAAAUGGUUCUUGUUUGUUGAAAAACAUUGCAGCCAGGGGGCGGCCCAUUUUUCCUAAUAUGACUAUAGUAAAACCUUGUCAACAAUGUAAAGGUAACGUUUAUUGUCAGCUCAUCAUGAAACUUGGUCAGAGGAUUUGUCCCAAUGAUAUCUUGGGCAAGUUUAAAAAUGGUUCCAGUUGGUUGAAAAACAUACUUUCCAGGUGGCAGGACAUUUUUGCUUAAUAUAUGCCUUUAGUAAAACAUUGUUAGUACUUUAAAAGUGACAUUUAUAGUUCAGCUCCUUUGUAUCUUAUGUGAGCGACUUUGGGCCUUUCAGGCUGUCUUUUUUAAUUAUAUUUGUGUGAUGUUCAUAACAGUUUCAAAAAAAUGCCAAAUAGUGUUAUAAUCAGAUUUUGGUCUAUUGAGUUUCAUUUUAUUUCACAGAUGUUUCUUGUGUUCAUGUCUGCAAUUGGUAUCCUAUGAUAGCUUUUGCACAUUUGAGUUAGAUAUUUGAAGACUGGUCUUCAGUUAUGUUUUCAUUUCAUGGAGAAAGCCAUUCAUUCCAAGAAGAUUAUAAAAAUGGGGUUGACAAUGUGUUUGAAGGUUAGGAAGUUUGUCUGAAUUAGCAAUUUAACCCUUUCAGUGCGGGAACCGAAUUUUGAAGGCCUUUGCAAACAGUUUGGAUCCAGAUGAGACGCCACAGAACGUGGCGUCUCAUCAGGAUCCAAACUGUUUGCUUUUCUGAUAAUAUUAUUUGAAAAAAAUCGAAGAAAAUUCUAAUUUUAGAAAUUAAGCAGACGACAUUUUAGCAGACGACAAAUUUCCCAGCAUGCAAAGGGUUAAGAAAACAUAAACUGUAGCUUAUUGCUCUGUUUGUAUAUGCUUACAGUUAUAUAUGUUAGUCCCUUAAAUAUGAUGAACAUGUGCACUAUUUACCAUGUCCAUUUUUUUUAUGAAAACAUCAGUUUUUGAAGGAAGUUUAUCAGAGAUAAUUGUCCUUGUUGGGUUUUUUUGCUUGUAAACAUUGUUAUUAUUGUAAAAUUUUAUUUUGAACAUGCGGCUAAGUGUGUGCUUCUUCAUAUUAGCAGCAUCAUGUGAAAAUGAGUCUUAUGCCAUAUGACGCCAGCACAGUCCCAAAGGGGCAUCUGUGCAGUUUGAUCCCGAGCUACACUGUGAACUACAAAGUCAUGCAAGGUUUCGUGGCCUAAUUAGUAGAUAUGGAUGGUAGCUCCUGACGAAAUUGUGCAAUUUCACAAUCUGAUUAGGGGCUACGUUGGUCGCAUAAUGCAUAAGGUCUGUUUUUUGCAAGAUGCAGCUCAAUUAAUUACUGUUUGUUAGUGUCAGAUCAUGUUAUUUUUAUGCCCUCAGAUCAAAUGAUCAGGGGUAUAUAGUUUUUGGCCUGUCUCUGUCUGUCUGUCUGUCUGUUUGUCUGUCUGUUUGUCUGUCUGUUUGUCAUUGUAUGUGUCUGUCUGUCAUUGUAUGUGUCCCAAAACUUUAACCUUGGUCAUCACGUUUGCAAUAUUGAUGAUAGCAACUUGAUAUUUGGCACGCAUGUGUAUCUCAUGGAGCUGCACAUUUUGAGUGGUGAAAGGUCAAGGUCUUCCUUCAGGGUAAAAAAAAAAUAGGGGGCAUUGUGUUUCUGACAAACACAUCUCUUGUUUCAUUUACACUGUGCUGCAGACAGCAUGUGUUUUUUAUUAUGGAUAACAGGUAUGUUGUGGAAAUACCAGGACAUUAACUGUAAAUAUAAUUGUUGUUUAAGCUGUCAUAAUGUACACAGUUUACCAUUGUAUACAUAGUAUAAUAUACACUGUUAUGCAUACAUUUAUUUUAUUAUUUUUGAAGUAAUUAUUGUCUUCCAUGAUAAACAUUAUGGAAUAAAACACAAUCUAAAUAAAUAAAGUAGAAAUAAACAAUAA